AUGUAUCGAACGGUGAAAUCGACUGAUCAUAGAGCUGCUGCUACUUCAGGACAAUCUGAUGUACUGGAAAAUGGGUCUUCUGGAGAUACCUCAGAUGAUUUACUAUUUGACAUUCAAAAUUUGCAUAAAUCUGAAGCAUUAUCUUCCCAACAAAGAAGACAAAAUAUUAUGAAUAAUAUUGAUAAGGAUCACAAUGGUCCAUGGAGCAAUUCUUCAAGGGAAGCUUGGAUGCAUAAGAGAGCAGGGGAUAAUGAAGUAGGCAACUUACAAUCCAUUGAGCAUGCACGUAAAAAGGGUACGGAACCAAAUCGCCCGAGCAAUUAUGAGAGAACAUCACAAGCUUUGAGCCCAUCAUCAUCGAGUCUAUCACGAACAAGCACGAAAGAGAAGCCUAAUCUGGAGUUCACUCUCGGCGGGCCUCUGUGA